UGCAGUAAAACAAAUCGGAGACAUAUAUCCUUCCAUUUGCGCGACGCUUUUCCUCCUUUUGUAUGCGCCCGGGACUGCUAUAUAUGGAGCUCCACCAAGUGCUCUUCUCCAAGCAAGAUUUAGGCGAGCAGGAAGUGAGCUGAGAGAGAGAGAGAGAGAGAGAGAGAGAGAGAGAGAGCGAGUGAAUGGAACCCAAAUCUGAUGAGGAACCUGAGGUGCACGUCAAUGAAGCUCAAAUCGCUCGCAAAAGAGGAGGUUGGAUCACAUUCCCUUUCAUCGCAGGGACCAUGUUCGGGAUGUCGCUGGUCGUAAGCGGAGUACUAAACAACUUCAUAGUGUACCUGAUGAAGGUGUACAACGUGAAGAGCGUCGACUCUGCUCAGAUCUCGAACAUCAUCAAUGGUUGCACCAGCCUCGCCCCCCUGGCCGGAGCCAUCAUCUCCGAUGCCUACUUUGGAUGCUUCCCCGUCGUUGCCUUCUCCACCACGGCCUCCUUGCUAGAUAUAUAUAUUUGCAUCAAUUGACGUGCAGUCCUCCGAUGGCUGCAUCCUUCUCCAUGCACACCUGUCUCCGGUGCAUGCGAAGCAGCAUCUAUCGGCCAGUUUGCAGUCCUCUAUGCUGCCGUCUUGCUGUUGGGCAUCGGGAUCGGAGGAACGCGGUUCAACAAUAUUACUCUGGGUGCAAACCAAUUUGACGAGGUCCAGGAUCAAGACGUCUUCAUCAACUGGUACUUAUUCAUCAUCCUCUAUGCAGCAGCCUUAAUUGGAGCCACUGCCGUAGUCUACAUCCAGGAUAGCAUAAGCUGGGCCUUGGGCUUCGGCCUGUGUGCUGCCAUGAACGCCAUCAGUGUGGUUGUCAUUCUCCUCGGUGCGCCAUUCUACCGCAGGACUGGGGCCCAGGGGAGCCCAUUUACGGGACUGGCUCGCGUCAUCGUUGCCGCAAUUAUUGCAGCGUCACCGUCGACGGGCAGCUCGGGUUACGACCGUGGACCUACCGAGGUGGCCAUGCCCUCCCCUGUUGCUCCAACUCAAAGUUUUAGAACCAAAAUGCAUGCCCACUUUUUCAAAUGGAGUACCGCUACAAAGCUUCCAUGGCCAUUUAUGUGUAUAAGAAGAUUUCUUGGCAAGCGGGACAUAAAGAGCUUCCUAAACCGCGCUGCGCUGAUCACCCAAGGCGACGCUUGCCGGGACGGCACCACCGCCAAGCCCUGGCGCCUGUGCACCGUCCAACAAGUGGAAGACUUCAAGGCCUUGAUCCGAAUCCUCCCACUCUGGUCCUCCGGCAUCCUCACAACCGUCUGUUUAAGCACCCAGGGCAGCUUCACUGUCCUCCAGGCCCUCACCAUGGACCGCUCCCUGGGCCCCGGCCGCUUCUCCAUCCCCCCUGGCUCCAUGCCCGUCUCCGGCCUCGGCGCCAGCGUCCUCUCCCUCGUCCUCCUCGAUCGCCUCCUCUUCCCGCUGUGGCGCCGCCUCACCGGCCGCAACUCCACGCCCCUCCAGCGCAUCGGCCUCGGCCAGCUGCUCAACGCUGCCGCCAUGGCGGCCUCCGCGCUGGUCGAGACGCGGCGAGCCGGCAUCGUGCGCUCGCACCACGCCGAGGGCCGGUCCGGGUGGGUGGUGCCGAUGUCGGUGCUGUGGCUCGUGCUGCCUCUGGCGGUGACCGGGGCCGGGGAGGCGCUGCACCUCCCGGCCCAGGUGGCGCUGUUCUACCACGAGUUCCCUGCGUCGCUGCGGAGCACGGCGACCGGGAUGAUUGCACUGCUUAUGGCUCUCGGAUUUUAUCUCAGCACGGCCGUCGUCGACGCGGUUCGCAGGGUCACGGAUUGGCUGCCGGAUAACAUAAACGACUCUAGGUUGGAUAAUGUGUACUGGACGCUCGCCGUGCUCGCGAUGAUCAACUUUGGAUACUUCGUGUUGUGUGCAAGGUUCUACCAGUACCAGAGUGCAGCCGAGAAAGUUGAAGGCCAGGCAAGCUCACAAAGUAGAGGUUAAUUAAGUAAUCUUAUAGUUAUUAUCAUAUGUAGCUAAAUUAUCAUGACUCUGGGACAAGAGUCGAGUAGUCGACUACCUGCAAACCAUGCGAUGAGUAAGUUAAUAGCUCUAGUCUUAAAAUUAUCGAAUAUGUUUUCAAUUUUAUAGUUGCGAGGGAAGUAGGCCAUCCACUUUGUUAAAAAGAAUGUCAAGAGAAAUGGCAAAGACGCCCCUUUGUAUAUUACAAACCUUUCCCUAAACUAU